ACGUUGAGUGGUCUGAUAACUCCGAGAAGAUUUAUUUGAAAGCGAAAUCGCCGUGCACCUUGGAUACAGUUUUCUUGUUCAAAAAUUUACGCGUGUCUCUCAAGCUUUAAAAGUUGUUGAAGUUUCCCAGUAUUACUAGAAAAUGCCUUUCCAGCGGUUUGUGGAAACCGGGCGCGUUGCCUACGUCGCCGAUGGCAGCAACCGCGGCAAACUCGUCGCGAUUGUGGAUGUGAUCGACCAGACUCGGGCUCUUGUUGAUGGACCAGAGUCCGGUGUUCCCCGUCAAGAGCUCAGAUUAAACCAGCUCCAUCUUACAAAGUUCAGAAUUCCAUUUGCUCACUCUGCAAGAACCAAAGUUGUGCGCAAGGCAUGGAAGGAUGCCGAAAUUAGCAAGAAGUGGGAGGAAAGCUCCUGGUGCAAGAGGGUCCAGAAUGUCGCUAAGAGGAGGGAAAUGAACGACUUUGACCGUUUCAAGCUCCGCAGAGUCCGCAAGCACCGCAACCACUUGCGCACCAUUGCUUACAGGCGACUUACCAACAAGAAAAUCAAGGAAGGAGUGUUCAAAAAGAAGACCAAGGAAGAGCUUGUCAAGAUCCGCGCUGAUUCUGCCAAGGCCAGGGCAGGCAAGAAAGCCAAGGCUGGCAAGAAGUGAGCCAUGAUAAUUAAAUUUAUAUCAUAA